AUGCAUUUUGAAGGCGUGGUUAGUGGAUGGAAUAUUUUAGAACCUCCAAGCUCCAAUCAUCAGUGGUCAUUGUUGGAGAAUUUACCGAUAGUUCAGGUGAAUUUUGGUGUUCAUCCAUUUUUCAAAGUGUCAAUCGAAGAUGGUAAUAUAACAUUGUCGGAAGGUGAACUUGGACUACCUGAUGAGCAACUUUAUUACUAUCAUCGUGAGCAUCCCAUCAUCAUCGCUUAUAAGGAAUUAAUCCGUGAUGUUCACAACAGUUUGAAGGCCUCAACAAACUCAGAAGCUGAAAGUUUUGUCGACAACUUAUUUGGUUUCGAGCGACGCAUUGUGGCUGCAAUGAAAACGGCGAGACAAAAAGGCUCGGUUACCAAAAUCUUUAGACUUUAUGACGUCAAAACACGAGCACAUUCACUUCCAAUCGACACAACGAUACAAAACAUGUUUUCGAAUUAUCGUAUUGAUGAUGAUACGCCUAUCAAAGUGAAGGAUCUUGAACUCAUUCAUCAAAUUUCUGUUGUCGCAACGUCAACAGAGCCUAAGAUACUUAAUGACUUUGUGAUGUGGACGCUUGUUCGUCGUUUUCUUCCUCUAAUGUCGCAUAAAAUUCGAUCAUCAUUAGAGAAUUUUCAAAGAAAACUUUAUGGAAAUCAAUACAAUAAUAUGCCAUGGCAUUUUUGCACACAACUCACAUAUGAAUGGAUGCGAUUUGGAAUUGAAUCGCUUCAACAGAAUCCCCAAUUAAUUGUGGUUGAUUCAUCUAAACUGAAGCGUGAUGAGCUUGACGAGCAAUUAUCAUAUGAAGAACAUCUAAAUAAAGAUCAACAAAACUUCAAUGACGAUUUCAUAAGAAUGAUUUUUUACCACCUUCGUGACACUUUUCGUUAUGCAAUCUCCAGUGCUUCAUGGAUAGAUUCAAAGUUCAGCGACUUUGUAAAUUAUCGUUUGUCAAGUAUUCGUCUACAACUAGGUAUUCCACAUAAUAUAUUGCGGAAUCACAAUUAUGUUCAACAAUAUUAUCAUGAAUUCAUAAUCAAUGAGAUAAAUUUCAUGCGAAAUAUUGAACAGCAUUGGAACAUCGAAAAGAAAAUUUUGGGAAGUUUGCUUAAAGGAAAUAUGACGGAAGAAAAUCGAAUUGUGUUUGAAAUGUUUUCAACGUCAAGAAAUGUUGAUAAUCGAAAAGUGAAAUACCUCAAAGAUCUCAACCUAGUUAUUGUCGAUCGUGAAAUUCUCCGUGAACCUUAUUAUCAUUAUAAAUAUCCAUUGCCUGUCAACUUUGCCAGAAUUGGAACUGAUUUGGCGAGUAUAUUGUUAGAAGCAGCUUUUGAGAUUGGAGAAGAAUAUAAAGAGAUCUUGUUCAUGGAGAAUCAGUAUACGGCUCAAGAAGACGAUAUCUUAUUCAAAAACACUUUGGAAGGUGAUGCAUUAAAAUGUAUAAGCGAAUUUUACUCUAUCGAUAAUGUGACAUUCUCAACACCAAUUGGAAUAAGAAAGAAUCUCUUUUCGUCAAUUACAUCAGUGAAUAUUGCUAAUAGAGCUCUUGGAUCUUUAACAGCAAAAAUUGACAAGGAACCGGCACAAUUUGAUGCAGCAUUAAUAAAAGAAUUGAAUAUGAACAAACGACAAAAUGGACUGAUGAAAUAUGGAUAUGAAGAAAUAUUCAGCUUAACUUACAUGCAGAAACAUUGCGCUAUUAUCAGUGAUGAAUACAAAAACGUGAAAGUUUUUGCAGAGGGAAAACUUCCAGAACGACAAAUGUUUGACAUCGUAUGGAAGAAUGUGCCCGUCUUAUCAGACUCCUUUGAUUGUUCCUCUGACAUAAAACUGUGCACAAAUAUUUUGUAAGGAAAACAUCAACUCAGUAUAGUGAAACUUCAUCAUUUGAUUUCAUUUCCAUUUGUGACAUUUAAAAUGAAGAGUCUCAGACCACGAAUUUUUAAUUUAUUUGAUUACUAAAAAAAAGAAAAUUGUUAAUCGAAAUUAAGCUCUCUAGAUUUAUUUUUUUAGCUUAAGUUUUCAAUCGACUCACAGAGAAAGUUUUUUAAAAUUUCGUGAUGUGGACUCAAAAAAAGUUAGUUGAUAAGAAGAAACAACCGUUUUCUCUAUAUUUUUAGAAUGAAUUCUCUAAAGCAUAUAAAAUGUUUCUAAUAUCCUUAUGAGAAAUUAUUAUAAGAUUGCUGUAUUGCUGUCAAGAUAUAUAAUGAUUUGUUUUCAAUAAAGAUUCUAGAAUUAUUGAACAAA